AUGCCAAACACUGUCCAACCAAACAUAUUUACAUCAGGAAAGAUCAGCAUUAGAAUCAGAAAUCAACAAUCUAUUGGCCCAAGGGGUUAUAACCAAGAUCUCUUUAAACGAACCGUGUUUUUAUCAAGACUUUUUCUUAUACCAAAGAAGUCAGGAGAUCUAAGGCCAAUUCAAGAUGGAAGGAAUCCAGUUAGUAAAGACACUACUAAAACCAAAGAAUUACAUAACAAAGAUAGAUAUAAAGAAUGCUUUUUAUCACAUCCCAUUAGCUUAUUUGUCAAGGUCCUUCUUCACAUUCGAAUUUCUAAAUUCAUGUUAUACAUUCAUGGCUUUACUCUUUGGACUUACAACAAGUCCCAGGAUCUUCACCAAGAUUCUAAAACCGAUAAUAAAGCACCUGAAAGCUCAGAGAAUCAGAUUAAUCGUCUAUUUAGACAACAUCAUAAUAAUGGCAGAGUCAGAAAAGCAAGCUAUAGAGCAUACCAAGAAAGUGAACUCAACCAACAUGUCUCUCAAGAUUCCAAUGAAAAAAAUCAAAGAUAUCAUUCGGGAAUGCAAGAAACUGAAGGCUAUGAAAGCAGUCCACAUUCGCAAGCUGGCAACCUUAUUAGGCAGGAUGAAUGCUACAGAGAAAGCCCUUUUACCAGGUGCAGUUCUAAACGACCAAGUGAUUUUUGGAACAUGGACAGGAAAAACAAGACAGAAACACAUCAAUUAUCUGAAACUCCUAGCUGGUGGAACUACCUCAACUCAAUUGAGUUAUCUAGCAGAAUCGAUAUAGUUAGAAUGUAUCAAACACCAGGUGAAUCUGAGAGCAGAACAUAUUCCAGGACAACUCAACACACUAGCAGACCAGGCAUUACGGAAACAGAACCACCUCACUCUAAGUUACAUUUUCUGGAAACCAGACCUGAAUGCCUUAGCCACAGAUGCUCUUCGAGUUCUAUGGAAGGGUUGGAAUAUUUGGGCAAACCUACUAUGGGUCCUCCUACCCAAAGUACUACGCAAGGUAAUCAGAGAAAGGGUGACAAUCGUGCUAAUAUUCCCAUUAUGGCAAACAGCUUUCUGGUUUCCAACACUAUUAUCACUUCUAGACGAUUUCCCAAUUCUUCUCCCCAGGAACUCAGUAGAACAAACCAACAACUAUGA